AUGGAGAAGUUUGGAAAGCGUCAUUGCAUUAAAAUGAAUCGAAUUCAUGGUGAGGCUGGUUCUACUGAUAUAGAAUCGCUUCAGAUUGACAAGGCUGCCAUCAAAGAGAAGAUAGAGGGAUAUAGUGCUCGUGACAUAUAUAACUUUGAUGAAACAGCACUCUUUUAUGCUGCCCCACCAAGAACAACAAUUUCUCACCAGAAAUUUUCUGGUUGGAAAGAUAACAAGAAGCGCCUGACUGUAGGUCUCUUGCACAAUGCAGACGGAACGGACAAGUGGUCCAAUGUACUGAUGAUUGGGCAUGCAAGAAGACCAAACUGCUUCAACAAGAACAACAAGAAGCAAGAAGCAAGUGAUCAUGGAUUCUCCAUGUAUCAUUACAAUAGCAAUGCUUGGAUGACAAGAUCAAUCUUUUAUGUUUUCCUCUGUUGCUUUGAUCAUGCCAUGAAAGCUCAAAAGCGCAAAGUUCUUUUGAUUCUUGACAAUUUAUCUGGUCAUAUAGUUGAUUAUAUACCUACAAACGUCGAGCUUCUUUUUUUGCCACCAAACACCACUUCCUACCUUCAGCCAUUGAAUGGUGGUAUUAUUCGGGCAUUCAAGGCUUAUUUCAAGUGUAAGCAGUAU